AUGGAGUUUGGUAGAAGUGACCAUGGAUUCACGAAUCGUGAUGGGUUUCAAGAAAAAUUCCAUAUUUGUAACACUUUGAUUGAUAUAUCCACGGGCAAACACUGCAGUACUCAGUUGGAAAAUACAAUAAGAAAGGUCAAAAUGGCUGCAAUAACCACAGGGAACACCAUGAGCAAAGGAAGUCCUGGUGGCGUAGGAGCACCCAUGACAAAUGGACCAAACAGAAGAAUGGCUACAAUGAUCAUAAAUAUCACAACGGAACCAUGA